AUGAUAAAUAAUAAAAAAUUAUAUGGUAUUAUUGAUGAAAAAGAUAAGAAUAUUAUAUAUAGAAAACAACGUAAUACUGAAAGUUCUAUUUCAUCUCAAGGUAAAAAAAUUAUAACAAUUAGUUAUCUUUCUGCCAUAAGUGUUUUUCCUAGAAAUUUAUAUGACUACAUAAAAACAGUCACAAAUUCAUCAAAUUCAAAUAAUUUAUUCAAAAAAAAAUCAGAUAAAUUAGAUAUAUUUUCUAAUUAUAAUUAUGUAUCAAAAUGUUUUAAAGCUGAUUUUGAUGGUUCAUUAAUUUCUGGUGCAUUAAAAUUUGCUAUUGAUGAAAUAAAUUCAAAUGAAAAUUUACUACCUGAUUAUUAUAUAAAAUAUGUAUUUAAUAAUACUUGUGAUGAUGAAACAUUAAGUACAAAAUAUUUUAUGGAUCAUUGGAAAAGUGGUGUAUCUGCUUUUAUUGGACCAGAAAUGAAUUGUAGAACAGAAGCUCAAAUGGCUGCAGCACAAAAUUUACCUAUUAUAGCAUAUAAAUGUAAAGAUGAAGUUGUUAGUAAUAAACUUAAAUAUCCAACAUUUGCAAGAACUGUUCCAGCUGAAAGUGCUAUAGCUAAAACAGUUGUUGCAACAUUAAAAGAAAUGAAUUGGAAAAAAGUAGCUUUAAUAUAUGAAGAAGCAACAAGUUAUAGUAAAUUAGUUGAUUCAAUAAAAUUAAUUAUUGAACAACAAAAUAGGCAUUUAAAAGUUAAUAAUAAAUAUGAAAUAUUAAGUAUUAAUACAAUUCCAUCACCAUUUAGUGAAUUUAAUGAUAAUAAAUUUGAUCAAAUUGUUGGUGAAACAAAAGAUUAUUCAAGAAUUUAUCUUGUUGUUGGUACACCUAAAAUGGGUAGAAAAUUAACAAAAGUUAUGGGUGAUAAAAAUAUUUUAUCAAGUGGUUUAUAUUUAAUACUUCUAGUUUGUCCAGAUUAUGAUUGGUUAAAUACAUAUCAUGCCAUGAAUAAUCAUUUUUUUAGAGAUACAAGUAAAUGGUUAUCAAAAAGUUGGGAUGUUAAUAAUUCAGAUGAUCAUAAAUUUUUAACAUAUGCACAAUAUGUUUUAGCAAUAAUACCAACACCAGUUUCAUUAAAUAAUCCUCAAGUUAAAUUUUUUUGGAAAAAAUGUAAUGAAAAUUUAAAAUAUUUUGGUAUAUAUGGUAAUCCAUUUGAAAAAGAAAUAAAACCAAAUAGACAUGCAUAUUAUUUAUAUGAUGCUGUAAUGUUAUAUGCUAAAUCAUUACAUGAAGUUGUAAAAUAUUAUAAAAAAAAUGGUUUUAAUACUGAUUUAGCUAUAAAAGAUGGUCGAAUGAUAAUGAGUCAUAUAAUAGGAAAAAGAUAUUUUAGUAUACAAGGAUUUGAAAUGAAAAUUAAUAAAAAUGGUAAUGCUAUUGGUAAUUAUUCAUUAAUAUCAUUACAAAAAGUUGAACCAAUUUAUGAUAAAAAUAAUCCUAAUUAUUAUCCUAUAAAAUAUGCAUUAGAUGUUACGGCUGAUUUUGUUGAUGUUGAUGAUGGUUUAUUAACAUUACCAAAAAUGAGAUAUCAUAAAAAAAUUUUAUGGCCACGUACAUCACCACCAAUAGAUGAACCAAUAUGUGGUUUUAUGGAUGAUAAAUGUUCUGUUAAUAUAUUUUUAAAAUAUAUAUGGGCAUUCUUUUUUUUCUUUUUUUUUUGUUUAUUAGGUUCAUACUUAGGUUUUAAACAUUAUUAUGAAAAAAAAUUACGCCUAGAAGAAAUACCAAAUACAUGGAAAAUAGAUAUUAAAAAAAUAGAAAAAAUAUCUAAAAAUAAUGAUACAUUUAAAUCAUUAUUAUUUUUUGAUGAAGAUAGUGGAAUAUUUAGUGAUGAAUUUACAAAAAUAUUAGCACGUUAUAUACCAAAAUCAACAUUUAAAAAAAAUAAAUCAUUAGAAUGUGGAAAUCAAAAAUUUUCAAAAUUAUCUGGUAUUGGUUUAUAUGAAGGAUCAUUUGUUGUUGUUAAAGAAUUUACCUACGAUCAUGAUAGAAAAAUAAUAUCAGAUUCAUUAAAAAAAGAAUGCAAUGUUAUGAAACAAUUAAGAAAUGACAAUAUUAAUAAUUUUUUAGGUCUUCUUGUUGGUCCAUAUUCAAUAUAUGCUGUUAGAGAAUUUUGUGGAAGAUGUAGUUUAAUGGAUGUUUAUAAAAAUAAUGAUUUUAAAUUAGAUAAUUUAUUUAUAAGUUCAUUUAUUGAUGAUCUUGUUAAAGGAAUGCUUUAUUUACAAAAUACUGAAAUUAAAAUUCAUGGAAAUUUAAAAUCAACAAAUUGUUUAAUAACAAAUCGUUUUGCUUUACAAUUAUCAGAUUUUGGUUUAUAUGAAUUAAGAUAUGGACAAGAUUUUAAGACAGAAGAACUUAUGUGGGAAGGUUUAUUAUGGACAGCACCUGAAUUGAUUAAUUUUGAUGAUGUUGCUAGACCUAAACCUGGAACACAAGAAGGUGAUGUAUAUUCAUUUGGUAUUAUAUUACAUGAAUUAGUUACAGGUGAUGGUCCAUUUAGAUUAUUAUCAAAAAAUAAUAUAUGUGCUGCUGAAAUUAUUAAGAAUAUUGUUGAAGAUGAUAAUUUUAGACCAGAUACAAAAUUUUUAAAUUGUCCUAAAUUUGUUAUAAAAUGUAUGAAAGAAUGUUGGCAAAAAUGUCCCAAAUUAAGACCAACAUUUCAAAAUGGUAUACGUCAAUUAUUAUUACCAAUGUUAGAACAAGUUAUGAAAAAUAAUUUAAUGGAUAAUAUGAUGGCAUUAAUGGAUGUUUAUCAAAAUCAACUUGAAGAUUUAGUUGAAAGAAGAACAUUACAAUUACAAAAUGAAAAAAGAAAAAGUGAAGCAUUACUUCAAAGGAUGCUUCCACCAUCUGUUGCUAAUCAACUUAUUAAAGAUGGUAAAGUUAGGCCUGAAUUUUAUAAAUCUGUUACAAUAUAUUUUUCUGAUAUUGUUGGUUUUACAGAUCUUGCAAAUUUUUCAACACCAAUUGAAAUUGUAUCAUUUUUAAAUGAUCUAUAUACAAUGUUUGAUUCAAUAAUUAAAAAAUAUGAAGUAUAUAAAGUAGAAACAAUUGGUGAUGCAUAUAUGGUUGUUGCUGGUUGCCCAAAAUAUUAUAGUGCAAUUAAACAAGCUGAAGAAAUAGCAUCAAUGGCUUUACAUAUAUUAGCAUGUUCUUCUACAUUUGUUAUUAAACAUAAAAAAAAUGAAAAAUUAUCUAUAAGAAUUGGUAUACAUUCAGGAUGUGUUGCUGCUGGUGUUGUUGGUAAAACAAUGCCUAGAUAUUGUUUAUUUGGUGAUACUGUUAAUACAGCAAGUCGAAUGGAAACAACAGGUAGUGGAAUGAAAAUUCAUUGUAGUAUUGAUACAAGAAGUUUACUUGAAAGUAAAGAAAAUUUUUUAUUUGAACAUCGAGGUUUUCAAUAUAUAAAAGGUAAAAAACCAGUAUUAACAUAUUGGUUAUUAGGUAGAUUAGAUUGGAAAGAAGAUGUUUAUUAUUAUAUUGAUUCAAAAAGUGACGAUUUAAAUAAUUCAAAAUCAUGUUUUAUUAAAAAUUAUAAUAAGAAUAGAGAAAAAUUACCAUUAAAGUAUAAUGAUGAUAAUAAUUCAAUAUUUUCUAAUAUAUCAUUAUAUAAAAUAAAAUAUUUUAUGAAUCAACCAAAAAGUAAUUGUGAAUAUGAAUUUUUAAAUGAAGAAUAUAAUAUUGUUGAAUCAUUAAAAAAUUCACAUUCAUCAGAAGAAUUAUCAUUAUAUGAAUGUAGAAAUAAUUAUGAGAAAGUUUUUAAAAAAACAAAAGCAAAUUUAUUAAAAAAAUCUUUAUCUUUUCCAAUAUUAAAAGUUAAAAAACCAUGGAAUGAUAAAAAAAUUAAUUCAUUUAGAAAAUUGACAAAAAAAAGUACUACAAUAUCAACAAUGAGUAUUUUGGAAUCAGUAUUUUCUGAUGAAGAUUAUAAUAAUGAUGAUUCAAGAAACUUAAUAAUAGAAGAUGACUCAUUAGAUUAUGAUGAUGAUAGUGAUUAUACAUACGAAAAUAGUGAUAGUGAAACUUCUUCAAUGUCAUCAUUAAUGGAAUAUAGAAACUUUUCAUAUAAUGAUAAUGAUAUACUUAAAAAUAAUGGUUUUAAAGAUAACAAAAUUAUAAAACGUGUAAAAAGUAUCAAUUAUGAUAGUUGUAAAGGAAUAUCAAAAUAUUUUAGAAAUCCAACAUUUGUUGAAUAUAAAUCUUUAUCAAAAAAUUCUUCAUUUGAUGAAGGGUAUAUGGAUAGGUAUGCAGUCAAUAAAUCCAUACUAAAUGAUUAUAAUGAGUAUGAUCUUGAAGCAGCAAAAAGUUGGAAUAAUUCAACAACAAAAAAUAGCUAUUUUCCAGUACAUAGAAAUAGAAAAUCAGGUAUUGUUAGAAAUGGAAGAAAUAAUAAAGAUAGUCAAGAGACAAAUAGUUUUAAAGAAUCUUUAAUAACAAAAGCAUUAUCAAUUUUUAAUCAACGUAAAGGUAUUCGUAAAAAUAAAAAAUCAAAUUUAUUUAUUAAUGAAGGAGAUUUAACUGACUAA